AUGGCUACAAAUACUUCUACAAUAAUCACACAACCACAUGCUGACACAGAUUAUAAAGUAACAGAAAAUAAUACGGCACAAGACGAAUAUGAUGAUGAACAAACAAUUGAUGAAGAAGAACAAAAUCAAACAAUGUCAGCUGAAGAUAUUCAGAGUGAACUGGCUGAACUACAAGCCGAAAGUAAAAUGCCCAUUAGUGAAUUAUUAAAACUAUACAGUUCUGCGCCAGAUACAACUUCGAAUCCCGUACAACAAAAUUUGGAUGAAUCGUCCAUAUCAUCUACUGAUGGAAGUACGUCAACCACAUCAUCUCAUCAUGAUGCAGAAUAUCAGAAUUUAUUAAAAAAUACUACAGCUGAACCUUCAGACGGAAACGAUGAAGAAGAUGCUGACCCAUCAUAUUCAUUAGAAUGGCAAAAAUCAAUAAGUGUUGGAGAUCAAUUUCAAGCACUUGUUUCAGAACUUAUACCGAAUACUAGUGGUACAUUAGCUGAAAAAGAGCAGACUCACAUUCUUGAUCAAUUAUUGUGGUCUCCUGAUAAUAUCAAUGAUACGUUAAUCGAUCAAUAUCUUAAACAAGCUUGUAAAGAAUUUCCAACGGCUGAUCAAGAAAUAGCAUUAGAAAUAUUUAUGUCGUGUUCAUAUGAGUUAGAUCGAGCUUUAGAAAAAUUUCGUGUAUCAAACAAAAAUAUUUUUUCCAUGACACCAUGGUCUGUAAAUGAAUGUGAUUUAUUCGAAAAAGGUUUUAAAGAAUAUGGCAAAGAUUUCUAUAGAAUGCAUUUAUUCAAACUACCGGAUCGUACCGUACGCGAAUUAGUUAAUUUUUAUUAUAUUUGGAAAAAAACUGAGAGACAUGAUAUAUUUGUACAACAAAAUCAAGUAGAAAAACGACGUUUUCAUUUGCAUCCAUUCGUAACUGAUUUUCUUGAAAAAUUUCUUGACGAGCAAGAACAACAGUUAAUUAAUACCUAUGAUAACGGCGGCGGAAUGAUAUCAUCCAAUUUAUUGCUGUCGACUGAUAUAAAACGACGUUCACCCUUACAUAAUUCAAUUUCGACAACUACAAUAAUUGAAAAACGUUCACAUGAGACUAUCGAAUUAUCCACGAAUAAACGACGUUGUACAGUUGAACAUGAGAAUAAUUCAAUUUUAACAAAAAAUAAUAGUAUGUUGCCGGUUGUAUUAAUGGAUACAUUUGUUUCCAGUCAAGAGAAUGGAGAUGAAAAACAGACUAAAGUGAAAAAAACUGUAAAAGUACCAAUAUCGACCAUCGUUACGAAAGAGAGUGUUUUACUAUCGAAUGAUGAUACAAAACUAAGCCCAACACUAACUACUCGCACUAUUAUCGUUGAAGAAGUGACUCAAAGUGAGCUUGUUGUUUCAGAUUUGACAUCUGUGUGA